AUGAAUAAAAAUAAAGGUUUGCAAUGUUCAGAGGCGAAAGGUCAGGGGAAGGCUGUUAAAUGUUCUCAGUGUGAGUACUUUGCGCAUGCGAACUGUGUUUCAAUCCCUGAAGAGGUUUGCAACCUCUUGGAUUCCAGCACCAACCUCAGAUGGUUCUGUGAUAGAUGCUCAAGUCUGGGACCUAACAUUAAAAAGUUGACCAGCUCUGUCGAUUCUCUCAGAAAAGAUGUUUUCAACAAACUCAACACAUUGAACGAUUUGAAUGCAAAUAUAAAGUCAGAGCUCGAGAAUAUCAACGCAGCAAUAGAAAGUAAUAAAGAAAAGUUAAACCAACUUGAGAGCUCUGAUAUUUUUCGUGGUGAAUUGAACAUCUUGAAGAAUGAUAUGAAAGUAUCAUUUGCAGAUAUCGUCAGUCGCGGGAUUAAAAGACACACUGAUGAUAUCAAGGCUGAAGUAAAAACAGUCCAAACGACAAUAAAUGAUGCUAAACAAAUCAAAGAAAGAGAAAAUAUUCUAAUUAUGUUUCAUUUGCUUGAGAGUGGCAGUGAUCGGGUGGACGUCAUGAAAAUUCUGAAACACCUGUCUAAUAAUGUUGUUGAUGCUAACCUAGUUCAUCUAACUAGACUCGGAAAAAAAAUCAGACGAUCAUACCCGACCGCUGCUUUUGAAAAUGGAUACCUCGGUCGCAUCGGACUCAGUCACGAUCUCUCCCCAGAGCAGAGAAAGGAACUGAGGUCAAAGAUAGAGGAGGCAAGGGCAUUGGAAGUUUCUGACAAGGAUUUUUUAUACCGUGUAAUAGGUCAGGUUGGCAAAUGGAGGGUGGUGAAAUUUCCGGUAACUCAGAGACAGACAUAG